CAGAAAUGCUUGCAUAUUAGUUUUCAUGUUGUGUUUGCAGUGAUAAUUAUGGAUAUUUUUAUGGGAGGUUCCAGUUUUGAUACAGUUAAAAACAUAUAAGUCUUUUCUGUAUGACAUGCCUUGAAUAUAUUAUAAAUGUUCACUUUUGCUUUAAGGUACCUGAUGGUCGAGGAAUACUACCAGCUUGAUCAAAAGGCUGAUGUUUCACUUGUGGAUGAAGAUUGCAGCUAUAGAACAAAAGAAAUCUUGAUUUAUAGAAAGAGAGUUGAAGAUCUUGAACAAGAAUUGGAUAGAACCAUUUGUAAUUCUCAAAGACUGAUACUUUCUUAUGAGAAAGAAGCACACAUCAAUUGGUGGGAAGCUUAUACUGCUGAAAGAAACCUCAAUGACCUAAAGAAAAAAAAUGACUUCUGA